AUGGGUGGAAAAAAUAGUCUUGAAGCAUUAAAUGCUGGUUCUGAAGACGAAUGUGCAACAAUUAUAAGUGAAGAUUCUGAAGCAGAAAAAGAAAGAACUGGAUAUUCAAGUCAAAUAGAAGAUAAGAAAAUUGAAAAAGAUAUAACCUGUUUGAUUGAAAAUAAGGGCAAACGUGGAAGAUCUCACCCGUCUUUUGAAGGCGAUUAUAACGAUUUCGAUGAUGGAUCUGAAUUAAGUUCGGUGGGUUCAAAAGACGAUGAUUUGGAUAGUGACAGUGAAUAUAAAGAGGAGGAGGAAGAUGAUGAUUUAGCAAGGGCUGGGCCAAGUAGAACUGCUCAACCAAAAAGAAGAGGUCGCCCAGCAAAAAAGCAACAACUUUCUAAAGAUAGUGAUGAUGAUGAAGAAUAUAAAUCUAUAGGAUAUGCAGUAUCUAGAAAAAAUAGUGUAGUUAGUAAAACAGUUGGUAAACCUAGAGGAAGAAAACCAGGGAAACCGGGAAGACCAGCUGCACAAAAAGGUAAACCUGAUAUCGAUGAAAAUGACGUCUAUGCUAGAGACAGAGCAGGACAAACUAAUUUACAUCGAGCUUGUCAAGAAGGAAAUUUAGAAAGAGUUAUGGAUUUAAUAAAGAGAGGUUCAGACAUUAAUGCUCAAGAUCAUGCAGGAUGGACGUCACUUCAUGAAGCUGCCUUGGCUGGGUAUUUGGAAAUUGUUCAAUUUCUUUUAGAACAGGGUGCGGAAGUUAAUGCUGCUUCAUUUGAAGAUGGUGACACACCUUUACAUGACGCAAGUGCCAAAGGCCAUGCAGAAGUUGUCUGGGCUUUAAUGCAAUAUGGUGCAGAUCCGGAAAAAACAAAUGUAAAAGAGGAAAUGCCCGAAGAUCACGCAAUGGAUGAUCGAGUAAUAGAUUAUUUGAGGACAUCUGUUGAAAUAGUCAGAACCCCCGUGAAUCAAACUAAUAAACAAGGACAAUUACAGGAUAAAAAGUCAAAGGAUGAAGAUAACAGUCGAAUUGGUGAUUCAAUAUUACCUAGAAAUCAAAGGAAGAGACCACAUUUUAUGAGGAACUUUCAACCUUCAAAAGAACAAGAGACAAAAAAACAAUCGAGCGGGGGAAAACGUGGAAGGCCACGUAUCAGACGUGAUGAUAAUAGCAGUGAUAACUUAAGGUCUAAUAUUUAUCCGACAGGUAACAGAAGACGCUCCUUCAGAGACGGUAGAAAGUUAAAUGGGGAAACACAUAAUAACGGUGCAAGAGCGUUUACUUCAGCAAAUGAUGUUUUGAGAAUGGACCUUCGAUUUAAAGAUCCAUCAACUGGUCGAACGAACCUUCACUUGAACGCAAAACGUGGUAAUAGUGAAAUGGUUGCAAACAUGAUCGAGGCUGGGGCUCUAAUUAAUGCUAAAGAUCAUAAUGGACGUACCGCUUUGCAUGAAGCAGCUUAUGAAGGUCAUACUACUACUGUUGAAAUCCUAAUAGCUUUAGGUGCAGAUGUUAAUAUCAAAGAUCACAAACAACAUACUCCACUUCAUGAUGCAUCGCAUAAGGGUCAUGGUGAUGUUGUAAAUAUACUAUUGGCCAAUAAUGCUAAACCUGAUGAUAAAAAUAUUGAUGGUAAAACCCCACUUGAUAUGGCUCGUAGAAGAAAAGAUAUUGUGGAAUUACUCUGUGAUUCCCUUGAAUUGGAUCCCGAUGAAUAUUCGGGUACUCAAACCGACAACACACCAUCCCAAGUGCGAAUUGAAUCAGAUGAUGAUGACAGGAUGUUAUCGGGCGAAGAAUCUUUCGAGGAGUCGUCAAUACCUAACACAAAGAAAAUAAAAGUGAAUCAUACAGUAAAUACAGAGGUGGAACCAAUGGAACUAGUAAAUGUUCAGGAAAAUACAAAUUCAAUUCUUAAAAUAUCCAACAGUGAUGUUGGUCCAUUUUAUACGGUACAAUUAGUCACAGAUCGUCCAGGAUUUCCAAUAGCCGCAACGGCGGAACCUUCAAGUUCUCCUUUGUUUGUUGUCGAUUUCCAAGUGGAACUGUUUUUACAAUAUCCAUUAUCCACCUUAUUGGAAAAACAUCCAAAUCUAGUUCAAAGAGAAGUUACCUCUAUAGAAAAGGAAAGAUUAUGGCCUUGUCUUCGUUCAAUUGUAUGGGUUCCGCCGAAAUGUAAACGUCCUUCAGAGCUUGGAGCAUUAGAAGCAGUACAGAGGGAGAGAUUCCUAAUACAUAAAAUGCAUUUUGUAAAGUUUGAUCAAAUUAUCGAGGUUGCUAAUCUUCCUCAAGAGGUGAUACCACCAACAAUACCAUUGGAUAUAUCAGAUUACACAAACAAUGAGAUGGAAGACUCCGAUGAUUUAAAUUGUGAAGAUGAUGAUAAGAAUGAUUGUAAUGUUAUGGAGGUUGACUUCGCUUCCAAAUUACCACUUACACCCACUUCACCAACCACACCACAAUCCCAAUGGGUAGUUCCCAUGACAGAGACAAAUCCAAUACAACAAAAGAUCAAGAAUAGUCAACUUAAGACUUCAUCUGGAAUAAUAAAGAGAAGUUACUUCAAUCCUUCGCUUAAAUUAGAAUUAAAAGUUGGAUCAAUAGAGAACUUGAAUAAAUAA